AUGCGCAAGCAAAGGGAGCCCAAGGCUGUUGAGGCUGAGGCAGGUCCCGAGGCUGAUGAGGUUGGUGUGCUCGGGCCUGUGAGCCCAUUGCUGCAUGCCGGUGACGAGGCCGGCUCCGACCCCGAGAGCAGUUCCCCCAAUGCGGUUGUGUCGCCGAGUGCGGAUGCAAAGGAUGAUGAUGAUAAGAGCAGUGAACACAGCAAUGAGGAUGACAGACCCAGUGCCACUGCCCCAUCGCCACCCGCUGGUGCACAUGACGAGCCAACGCAAGAUGUCGAACCUGUGGGCCCCGAGCCCUCGGUGCCCGUCGCAGGCGGGGAUGGCGGGGACGCUGAAUCUGCCUCUCCUGUUGAGCGCCCAGCUAAGUCAGCACGGUUGCAAGCGGUUACGCAAGACGACCUCUACCACAAUGAUGCGUCAAUUGAUCUUGAUUUUCAGCAUGGGGAACUCGAUGACCUUGAGGGGUAUGAUUAUGGUUUGGAUGAUUACUACUUCAGUGAGGAGCCUGACCUUGCUGAUGGACCGCCAGAUGAGCUGUGGCGACCUUUCAGCCCAGCUGAGCCAGAGCUGACAGAGGAUGAACUGUUCAAGGUUGACAGUGCUGCGGAUGAUUUUGAAAUUCGGAGAUUGCUGGAGAUGAAUGUGCUUGAAGCCAUGACCGCGUCAGCAGCAGAGCAAGCUCAGCAAGAAGGUUCUAGACUCUUGUCUACGAAGUUUGUCCGCAGUUGGCGGAUCAAGAUGCGCAAGCUCGACAAUGGGCGUGAGGAGCAGCAAUACUUGAGAAGAUCACGGUUUGUCGGCCGUGAGUAUGCCUGGUUAGACAAGGACAGAACCGAGCUGUUUGCUCCGGCUUCAAGCAGCCUACUGACGAGAUUACUCCCCAGUGUUUUUAUGCACAACAAGGGCAACAACCAUGCCUGUUGCGUCCUCGACGUAGCAGACGCUUUUCUCACCGUUGAUCAGCGUAUCCCUACAAUUGUUCGUGCGAAUUUGGGCAGCGGGCAUGAGGAGCAAUAUGUGCAACACUUUCGUCUGCUGAAACUUUUGCCUGGCCAGCGUGAUGGCACAGUGCGCUGGCACGAGGCAUUCACCGAAUACCUCGAUGGCAAGCUUGGACUCCUUCCCUUCACGUGGAUGACCUUUUCAGUGAAGGAGCGCGCCCAGGCCAGCCCCAUGCCGACAACAGUGCCGUUUGAUGAGGCCGAGUUGGACAAUGAGCGCAGCACGCUGUUCAGGGCUGCCGUGGGCAUUUUGCUCUACUUGCAGGCCGAUGUGGUGGAGGCCCAGUUUGGAAUCAGAUGGCUAGCUCAACAUAUGAGCCGGCCUACUACUGGGGCACUUCGGGUGCUCCGACACAUGAUCCUGUACCUGAAAGGGACGAGCAGCUAUGGCAUUGGAUUUCCUGUUCCCACUCGUGGUGUUGGGAUAACUGUGCAAAGCAAGUCUGGACUGGAUGUGCUGGAGACACACACGGACGCUGAUUGGGCCGGGGACCGCGAGCAUCGCCGAUCGGUUUCUGGCUGCGUGAUUACCCUGAAUGGGCACACGCUCAGCAGCAGCAGCAGGACGCAGAAGACUAUAGCGCUCAGUUCCGGGGAAUCUGAGUAUGCAAGUGCGGUUUCGGGCACAUGUGACCAAGUGUUCAUUCGGAAUGCUGCUGAGUUUGUGAUGCGAAGCAAAGUGGAAUCGCGUUUGUUACUUGACAGUGCAGCUGCGAGAGGCGUGAUAGCGCGCCAAGGGGCCGGGCGUAUCCGGCAUCUGGAAGCUAAGAUGUUGUGGUUGCAACAGUAUGCCCGUGAACAUCUGUGUGUGCACCCUGUGGAUGGCAAGCAUAACAUUGCGGAUUUACGAACCAAAAGCCUGAACGGUGGCCGUAUCAAGGCAUUGCUCUACAAGGUUGGAGUUCGUGACAGUCGUGAUGACUUUGCACUUGUUGGUCAUGAUGAGUUCCAAAACCUUUUGGAUGGCAGCACAGUGCGCAAGCUGGUGCGGUUGGUGAAGCAGCAAGGAAAUGUGGGCAACUCAGUUGGGUUGCAAGUGGCCAUGAUUGUUUUGUCGCACGCCUUGAGCCAACACGCCGUUGCAGCAGCAGCUGACACCGGUGAUGGGCCAAACGGCGAGGAUGCAGAUGCAAUGCACAGCAGUUUUCAGCAAGUGUUGGAGAUUGUGUUGAUGUUGGCCGCUUUUGCAGGUGAGUAUGCCCAAAGGAAAUGGCGAGACCUCUCCUGCAUCGACACGAGCAAGAGGAUGAUGAUGAGCCUCGUGUGGACUGCGGAGAACGGAAUGCAAGCGGCACAUCGGUCAAGCUUGAAGUUUCAAGUGGAGAUGGGAGCAAGCAUUCAAAUGCUGAUGGAAGCGCGAGUGCGUGAGCCAGUGCGACCCAAGGCCAAGGCAAUGAACAAAGCUGAUGACGAAGUCUGGGUGAAGCUGAAACCCGCGGGUACCGCGGAUGCCGCAUAUGCCGUCCUUGAAUCUUGUGGAUUGCUUGGAACUUUAAUGCUCAUGAUGCCCAUCCCUUGA